UUUUGCAGCUGAGAGAGCUCCAAACUGCAUUUGUUUUUUAAACUUUCUACAAACAGUUUGUAGACCUGCAACUUCAUUUAUUGGGACAUCGUCAUUGCUCGCAAUAAUUAUGAGUCGUCAAGGUGUUGUCCCAGCUGGAAUUGUUCAUCAACUUCUUGACAAUGAAAACUACCUGGAUUGGAGCGUUUGGGUGAAAACCUACUUGAUGGGUGAAGAUCUUUGGGACAUUGUGGAAUCAAUGGAUGAACCUCCAAAACCAGAAGAUGGUGAUGAAUUCAAGUAUUGGAGGUCCAAGAAUGCCUCUGCCCUCCAUGUUAUCCAAAUUUCUUGUAACGCUGAUGCUUUCUCUGAGAUCAGAAAUAUAACUUCUGCUAAAGAAGCUUGGGAUACCUUGGAAGUAAAAUUCAAGCCUCAAUCAGAAUCUACAGACAAAAUAAUCUCCGACGACGAAGCGAAUAUUCUAAAAGAUCAAUACCAAGUAUACACAUCCUUCCACAAAGCUGCUCAGAAUGGUGAUCUAAAUGCUAUAAAGGAAUUUAUUACACGAUACCCAAAUGCAGUAAGAACAAAAAUCACACAUGCAGGGAGGACUGCUCUUUAUGUCGCGGCGAUUGCCGGACAUACAGAAAUCGUGGAGACAUUGGUGGGGAAAAUGUCACCCGAAGACUUGGAAAUGAAAGACAUUCGAGGUUAUACACCUCUUGCAGCAGCUAUUAUAUACAAUGCAAAUAUCAAGAUAGCUGAAUGCAUGGUUAAAAAGAACAAGAAAUUAUUAACCAUGCUUGUUCCAUCCAUGAUGCCCGCUGCAUUGGCCAUUUAUAAUGGUUAUAUCGAAAUGGGCCGCUAUCUAUAUUCCGUUACACCCCUAGAAGAUUUGAUACUGCCGGAGAAUCAUAUACAUGCUGCAACACUCAUGGCCCAAGCAUUAUAUAUGAAAUGUUAUGAUGUUGCAUUGCAUUUGCUGGAGCGUUGUCCACGGUUAGCUACAACUUUAGACAUAUAUGACAAACCUCCUUUGGCUGCAUUGGUAGAUUUUUCUAUAUUUCCAAGUGGAUGUCCGCUCAAAUUUUGGCAAAAGAGGAUAUAUGAAUGUUAGUACAUAAUAUUAAUACAGAUAAUUUAUAAUAUAUAUUAUAUAUACACAUAUAUAAAUAUAAACAAUGAGGC